CGAGCCUUACGUCCAGUUUACUGCAUGCACAUGCAGAUGCUCUCGAUCUCUUACGUGACCUGUCCUGGUCGGUGUUUGGAAACCUCCGCUCCGCAGCUGAAUAAGUACCGGGGCAGUAUAUACGUAGUUGUUAGGCUUAGACCACAUUGUCCAUCGACGAUCUCCUCUGCUCUUGGAUCUUGGUGGGAAUCCAUCGUCACCAUGGGCAGCCUGAGCAAGCAGAAUGGCCUCAACCAUCUACCAUCUUUCCUCCUUGGGGCGCUCCUGCCCACUCUCCUGCUCUUCUUCCUGGCUUCUCAUAGGGUGGGUGAGCAACUGAGUUUGGGAAAAGGGCAUCUGUUGAUGAAGAUCCCAGCUGAAGAACAGGAGGCUAAUCUCACAAGUGACGGCUGGGCACCUGGUGGAGAAGAGGUACUUUUGGCUAGAGAGAGAGACAAGUUUCCGGGCCUAGUCGAGCUGCUGCCGCAGGUGGCGACGGACGACCGGACGGUGAUCAUCACGUCGGUGAACGAGGCGUGGGCGCGGCCCAACUCGCUCCUCGACCUCUUCCGCGAGAGCUUCCGGAACGGCGAGGGCAUCGAGCACCUGCUGAACCACACCCUCAUCGUCGCCUUCGACGCCGGCGCGUUCGACCAUUGCAGGGCCGUGCACCCCCACUGCUACCUCCUCGAGAUGAAGGGCAUGAACCUCAGCUCCGCCAACCGGUUUCUCACCAAGGGCUAUCUCGAGCUUGUCUGGACCAAGCUCUCGCUCCAGCAGCGCGUCCUCGAGCUCGGCUACAACUAUCUCUUCACGGAUGUGGACGUGAUGUGGCUGCGCGACCCGUUCCGGCACAUCAACCUGUUCGCCGACGUGACCAUGUCUUGCGACUAUUUCUACGGCGACGCCGAGUCACUCAAGAACUCGCCCAACACCGGCUUCUACUACGUGAAGUCGACGAACCGGACAGUCGAGAUGCUACGGUACUGGCGGGCGGCGCGGUCGCGGUUCCCUCCGCACCAUGACCAGAAGAUCUUCGACAACAUCAAGCACGAGCUCGCCGCCGAGCUGGGCGUCAGGAUCGCGUUCCUCGAGACUGCGCUCUUCGACACCUUCUGCGAGUUACACGGCGGCGGGAUGGAGAGGGUGUGCACGAUGCACGCCAACUGCUGCAUCGGGCUGGAGAACAAGAUGCACGACCUGAGGAACGUGAUCGAGGACUGGAAGAACUACACGCGCCUGACGCCGGCGGAGAAGAAGACCGGGAAGGUCAGGUGGAGGUUCCCUGCCAAGUGCAAAGAAUCGCUGAGAGCCUGAGACGGUACCGAUCGAUCAUCAAUCUGCAGGCCGGUAGUCCAUAAACAAUAUUAUACUAUGUAAAAUUUGGUUAC